AUGGAGCUCUGGAACUCCACCUUGGGAAAUGACUUCACAUUAGCGGAGAUUCUGAAUGACAGUGGGGUUCCCAAACUGCUUUUUGCCACAAUUGCUGUCCUGUACAUGUUGGCCCUGACCAGCAAUGGCCUGCUGCUCUUGGUCAUUAUAAUGGAUUCCUGGCUCCAUGUGCCUAUGUACCUUCUACUUAGCCAGCUAUCUCUCAUGGACUUGAUGUUUGCAUCUGCAGUUUCUCCCAAAAUGCUUGUGGAUUAUCUGCAUGGGGAGAACACCAUCUCCUUUGAAGGCUGCACCUUUCAGAUGUUAGUAGUUCUCACUUCAGGAGGUGCAGAGGACUUACUACUGGCGUUCAUGGCCUAUGACAGGUAUGUGGCUAUUUUUCAUCCUUUGCACUACAUGGUCCGCAUGAGGCCAAGGAUAUGCUGGCUCACAAUAGCCACAUCUUGGAUCCUGGCAUUCCUGAAUGCUGUGAUACUCACCUCAUAUACUAUGCACUUUCCUUUCUGUAUGUCUCGGAAAAUCAGGCACCUACUCUGUGAGAUCCCACCCUUGGUGAAAUUGGCCUGUGCAGAUACCUCCAUAUAUGAGCUCAUGGUAUAUGUGAUAGGUGUGAUCUUUCUCAUGCCUACCCUUGCUGCUAUCCUUGCCUCUUAUACAUUUGUCCUAAUCGCUGUCCUUCACGUGUCCUCAGGUAAGGGAAGGAAGAAAGUCCUCAUCACAUGCUCUUCUCAUCUGACUGUGGUAGGAAAGUACUAUGGAGCUGCCAUGUUGAUGUACAUCCAGCCCAAUUACUACCAUAGUCCCCAACAGGACAACAUUCUCUCUCUAUUUCAUAUUAUCAUUACUCCAACACUGAACCCUCUUGUCUAUAGUCUGAGAAACAAGGAGGUAAUGGAAGCCUCCAGGAGAGUACUGGGGAGAUUCACUUCUGCCCAGAGAUGGUAG